AUGGAAAAGCAUUCAGAUGAAUUCGCUGAAACUUUCGAGGAGGGGUUUGAGCAAACAGCAAAACCAAGUUAUAGCGGUGCGAAAGUUGUUUGGAUCGCCAAUUGUGAAGUACGUAGGGCGAGGCAUCGGAUAUUUGCAGUUCGAUUCCUUGUCCUUGGUGCUCUCAAUGAAGAAUGCACUCAGCUCACACUGAAACGUUAA